GUGCGUGUGGCCCAGCCCCCUUUCCGCCCCCCGCUCCCCUCGCCCCUCGCCCCUCUCUUGGUCCCGCCCCAGUAGUCAUCGCGGGGUGGCUCUCCAUGGAACCUCGCAUCCUGCUCCACAGUCCCACCGCCGCACAGUCACAGACAACCUUCACGCCACAUUCACACUCAUUGAACACCCAACUCCACCGCCGCGCCGUUCCCAUGCUCUGCCCUCACCCUGAGAUGCGACAGCCCUGCUCGAUCACCAGGAGAAUCCCCUCAGCAAGCGUCGCUCCUCGCGGAUAGAGAGCAUGCCCGACGCGGGGACGCAAGGCGCCGCAGCCCCGGUGGCGGCCGCCGCCGGUGGCGUUGCGACAGCGGCCGGCGACGGAUCCGAGAGCGGCCGCCACCGACACCGAACGCAGCAGGCAGAGGCGGAGAGGCCGGAGACGGUCGCUACCCUCCCGCUAAGCUCCGGCUCCGGUGUACUGGAUAAGUUGUUUGGAAAGAGGCUGCUGCAGGCUGGGAGACACGUCAUGUCUCAUAAGUCUUGGAUGAAGACGGUGCCCACAGAGAACUGUGACGUCCUCAUGACAUUUGCAGAUACCACAGAUGACCACACGUUGCUAUGGCUACUGAACCACAUCCGGCUGGGAAUCCCAGAGCUCAUCAUCCAAAUCCGUCAUCAUAAGCAUACGCGCGUCUACGCGUUCUUCGUCACCGCCACCUAUGAGAACUUGUUGCGAGGUGCUGAAGAGAUCGGCCUGAGGAAGGCGGUGAAGCCCGAGUUCGGAGCAGGAACCCGGAACUUCUCCUGCGAGGAGGACUACAUCUAUGAGAACAUCGAGAGCGAGCUGUGCUUCUUCACCUCGCAGGAGAGGCAGAGUAUCAUUAAAUACUGGCUGGAUAAUCUACGUGCCAAACAUGGGGAGGUGCUUCAUAAUAUCAACUUCCUGGAAGGUCAACCAAUCAUCCCAGAGCUGAGUGCACGAGGCGUGAUCCAGCAGAUGUUUCCCCUCCACGAACAGCGCGUCCUGAGUCACCUAAUGAAGUCCUGGGUCCAGGCCGUUUGUGAGAAACAGCCCUUAGAUGAUAUCUGCGACUACUUUGGUGUGAAGAUAGCCAUGUAUUUUGCCUGGUUGGGUUUUUACACCACUUCCAUGUUGUAUCCUGCUGUGAUCGGCUUUGUACUGUGGAUGCUCACCGAAUCGGAUCAGACGAGCCGUGACAUCUGCUGCGUGGUUUUUGCACUCUUCAACGUGGUGUGGGCCACUUUGUUUCUGGAACGGUGGAAGAGAAGAGGUGCUGAGCUUGCGUAUAAAUGGGGAACUCUGGACACGCCUGCCGAAUCCCUGGAGGAACCACGUCCUCAGUUCCGGGGAGUCAAGCGCUGUAGUCCUGUCACAGGAUGUGAGGAGCUCUACUAUCCGCCAUGGCGGAGACGUGUGUUCAGGUGGCUGGUCAGCUUGCCCAUCUGUCUUCUCUGUCUCUGUUUUGUCUUCCUGGUAAUGCUCAUCUGCUUUGAGCUACAGGAGUUUGUAAUGGGGAUCAAGGAAAUGCCUCGGCUGGCUCGCUUCAUCCCUAAAAUAAUGCUCGCUAUCACUGUGACUGCAUGCGAUGAGGUGUACAGGAAAAUUGCCUGCUGGCUCAAUGACAUGGAAAACUAUCGACUCCAGAGUGCCUAUGAGAAAAAUCUCAUCAUCAAAAUUGUUCUUUUUCAGUUCGUAAAUUCAUAUCUCAGCCUUUUUUACAUUGGAUUCUACCUCAAAGACAUGGAGCGGCUCAAAGAGAUGCUGGCCACUCUGCUCAUCAUCCGUCAGUUCCUUCAAAAUGUGAAGGAGGUGCUGCAGCCUUAUGUGUACGAGCGCCACAAGCUGGGCGAGCUCACUUUGCGAGCUCUGUGGGACCUGCUGCUUUCUGUGCUGCUAAAAUACGCCAGGCUGGCUGCUGGGAAAGCACAGGCCUCGCCCACUGACCCGGCCAUGCCGGGACCUGGUCUGAGGGGCACGAGGCCCGGGGUGGGGCACACCGACAAAAGGGAAAAGAAGUGUUUAAAUGGAGGGUGCGGCGUGCCUGAUGACGAAGAGAGUGGCAAGAGGGACGAGGCUGACAGCGGGAGGUUCAGUGAAGGAGAAACUGAUGAGGAAAGUUUGAUCGACUGUGGUUUGAAACUGAGGAAAGUCAGCUUUAUAGAGAAGAUGGACAGGAGGCCAGCAUGUAGCGACCACCCCGUGGACGAUAGUUUUAUGGAAGAGGGGAGCCCGACUAUGGUGGAAAAAGGAAUGGACCCCAACUCUGUGUUUUCAAUGUGCGAUGAUGAAGAUGUUAAUGGCAUCCAUGACGUGAAGGAGACGGGCGGAAGGGUGGCGUGUGCAGCUGAAGGAAUCAGCUAUGCUACUGCUGCUGCCUGUGCCGCUCCCCCUGCCUCCAGGAGUGAGAGCAGCGCAUCCUUGCGAAAUCGGAGAAGAGGCCGGAGCACCGAGCGGACCGAAGCCAGAACAAAGAGGGAGUCGUGGAUUGACCCUCCUGAAGUGAAAGAGAGCACCACGCUCACUCAGGCGGAGAUAGAGAGCUGCAUGCAGACUUAUGAGGACACCUUCCAGGACUACCAGGAGAUGUUUGUCCAGUUUGGCUAUGUGGUGCUGUUCUCCUCGGCCUUCCCUCUGGCUGCCAUGUGCGCACUCAUCAACAACAUCAUUGAGAUCCGCAGUGAUGCCUUCAAGCUCUGCACGGGUCUGCAGAGGCCCUUUGGUCUCAGAGUGGAGAGCAUUGGCCAGUGGCAGUCUGCCAUGGAAGCCAUGGGUCUGAUUGCCAUCAUUGUGAACUGUUACCUGAUUGGUCAGUGUGGUCAGCUGCAGCGCCUCUUCCCCUGGCUCAGCCCCGAGAUGGCCAUAAUCUCAAUUGUCAUCCUUGAGCACUUCGCUAUCCUCUUGAAGUAUGUCAUCCAUGUGGCCAUUCCUGACAUUCCAACAUGGGUCAGAGAGGAGAUGGCUAAACUGGAUUAUCAGCGCAGGGAGGCCUUUAAGAAGCACGAACGUCAGGCUCAGCAGCACUACCAGCAGCUGCAGAGAAAGAAGAGGGAGGAGGAGGAGAGGCAGAGGCAAGUGGAGCAUAUGGCCCGCAGAGAAAGGGACAGGGAUGACGGCAAGGGCGACACCUCCGCGGAGCACCACCACGACAAAAGCCACAGCAGCAAAUCACGCUCUGGCGGCGGCGGCGGCGGGGGAGGGGGCGGCGGCUCGGACAAGCCCAAGAGGCCCAGCUCCCUGUUGGCCAACAACAACGUCAUGAAGCUGAAACAGAUCAUUCCGCUGCAGAGCAAGUUCUCCUCAGGUGGCGCCCGCUCCCCUCAGUCACCCACGGAAGCCAAGCUGCCAGGGUUCCUCAGCUUCAAAUUCCUCAAAUCACCUGAGAAUAAGAAAGAGUCUGCAGCGACUUCUGCGGCGGCCGCCAGCUCCGCUGCGAACGGGACGACGACAUCGUCAUCAUCAUCAUCAUCAGGUAGCAGCUCACAGGAGCGUUCACAGUCACCCAGCAAAGCCUUCAACCCUGGCAAAUUGUUUAAUUUUGGAAAAUCGGAAGCGGGGACGUGCGUGAACGGGGCGGCCCUGCCCAGACCAGGGGAGGGAUCCUCAUCAUCACAGAUGUCAGAGAGACCGGCUUCCAGGUCCGACUUGAACGGCAUUCCGGAUGAGAUCCCCUCACCUGGAGGAGAGGCGUUCGAGAACGGACAUUCGAGUGAGCUGGACCCUCCUGGCCCAAAAGUCUAGUAGCUCCUUUGGUUUCACCUCAACUGACGAACUAACGUGAGCGUUGUGGCAACACCAGGCUCCACGCUGUUGGAGUACUUGAAGUUGAAAUUGAUUCCUGUUGUUUUUGGUUCUCCUGAACAACAAAAUACACUUCACAACAUACAUACAGGACACACACAAUCAUGUCUGCAAUACAUAAAGAAAUGCAUGAGCUGCAUUUCUUCUAUUUUGAAGCCUUCAAAGCAAAAAGCUGUGAUUCUUAAUUUCCUCUUUGGCCCAUUGUGAGCAUCUUCCAAAAGCCUGGAAGGGGAAAAAGACAUGAUAGAAAAAGGAUCUCUAUUUGUGCCCAGUAAGUGUUUCUUAGUCAUCAAAAAUCAAUAUUAGACAACUCUCUUGUUUUUAACUGAAAUAUUUGGCCCUUCUUUUUUAUGUGGAAAAAAAUUAAAAGCAAUACUAGUCAGUCUCUUAAUUUUGUGUAAUGCUGCAGUUUCUAUUGUGACAUAACCCCCCCCCCCCCCCCCUUAGCGGGCAUCCUUGAUAAAUUACCAGCUUUAUUUUCAAAGCUGAGGUGAUGUCUAAGCUUUGUACACAUCUUCCCAUCUGUGGCAAUAUGGGAUUCAUUUGAAACAACAGUCAAUAGAUUAGCAAGUCCUGCUGUCAUUGUUUCUCGUAGGAGAGUUAAAGAGGCGUGCAAAAAAAAAAAGAAAGGGAAAGGAAACAGGAAACCGAGCAAAAGGUACACGCAGUCCUGUUGCUGGACCGUAGCCCACCUCUCACAGACAGAUUGUUCUCCAUUUCAUACCGUCUAAACACACUUGGCUAGUGAGCGGCAAAUUAAAGUUACUUUUGCCCUAAACGCCACAUCACUGCAGGAGACGGCAGCCUGCCUCACAUUAUUAUGCAAACGGGACUGUAUAGUUUUCCUCUUUUUACAGUACACAGUAUCCAAGCAGAAAUACCUUAAAUAUUUCAUAUUUAUUUUUGCAAGGUGCUCUAAUUUCUGUAGAGCUCCAUGACAGGAUUGCUUUAUUAUUGCUAAUAAUUGUAAUAUUUUUUUUCCGUUUCUGCACUUUUGCCAGCCGUAUCUUUUACACAGUGGCAACAACAAAAGCGUCCAGACAGACCUCCAGAUAGAGCAAGUGUUUUCCAACCUUUAAUGUUUGACAUUACAGCAAUCUCACAGCACACCACCAAACACGAAUGUCACAAAAAGUUAAUAUACACUCAAAUAAUAAUGAUCACAUCUCAAUUGACUUACUGGCCUGUUUAGGAAAUACUAUUCUGUUGUAUGGCAACAAGCGGAUACACAGGUUAAUUAUGCCAUAUCCCAUCUAGUGGAAGAGUAUUUAAUUGUUCUGCCUUCCACUAGCCGUCACUGGCAAGGAUAGAUGAACAAAGAUCCAUUAUUUGUAAGAAAUCAUUUUUGGAAGAAUUACACGAACUUGCAUAAUUUCCCACGGCCCGCCUGACGAUCUCACAUGGCAAAGUAAUUUGCCGCAUGAGUAGGGGUUGGGAAUCAGUGCUCUCGAGCAGCUUAAAACCAAAUUUCAGAGUAGGCAUCACAAUCUGGUUUGAGAGACAUUACCUAUGCAUUUCCACAUCACUGUCACUGACAAGGGUUUUGGCAAUAACAGAGGACACUUACCUGUAAGAAUCAGUCAGUCCACUUGUCACACGGCUGUAUUUGUUGUGCGUCGUGUCCACUAGUUGAUAUUAUCAGUAGAGGAGAGUGCACCUCUCCUUAUCCACAGAUAACAUCAUUUAAUUCAUUUUUAACACCAAUUUACUCUCUUCUGUAUUAACAUGGAACUAUAGGUCCAUCCACUUUAUCGCCUCUGCAUUAACGACAAGUUUAUAUUGCUGCAGAGGAGUAAAAAUGACAUGACAUGCAAUAAGGGAAUAGGCUAUAUUAUCAAGCUAUGUAUUGUUUUAAAAUAUUUGGAGGUGGGAGAGAUACAUUAAGCGCCUGUGUAUGAUUUGCAGACGGGCGUAGUGAUGUGUAGCUGGGCUUAAGCUCAAAAACUCAAAUACUUGCAUCAACGAAUGCCUCCACGACCCAAAUGGUCGAUUUGAAAGUUUGAAAGAAGGGAUAACAAACGUGAGGACACGAUGCAGUUACUCAUGUAACACACAUUUUUGGGUCACUAUAUACUUUUCAGGGAAACCACAAGUUCCGACUGCAGAUAUUAAUCACGUUGACCACUUGUGUAUUCAAACUAGCCUUUUGCUGCAGCAACAUCAACGCAUCAUUAUAAUAGGGGUUUACAUGUUGGCUUUGUUUUAAAAUAAACAGAACUAUGCCAGAGGAUCUGUUUCCUGGUUCACAAAUGCAUCGACACGUUGGAAGAGCAGCUUAAACAAAAAAGAAACAUUUGAUCAUUGAAAUGAUUUCAUGUGAAGUCGGCAGGUGAAGAUUUUUGAAAUUUCCCUGUAAUUGUUGGACGUGAACAUUUAUUUGGCUGUCAACAAUGCCACAAAUAUCACCAUCAUCAUCAUCAUCAUCCAUUGAUGCCUCAUUUACAGAUCAUCAUCAAGCUCUUCCAAUGUAUCACUGAACAAAAACUCUUUUGAAGACUAACUGGGAACUUGGACUAUUUAUUUGUUUUAAUUUAUUUUGUCAUAUUUUUGUAAGAUCUGAAGAAGUUGAUAGUUAAUAAAACUA